GAACCAGGCCCUGGUCCGGGGGUCAGGAACUGUUCCCGGCAUUCCUCGCGGGUGUGCGUGGGCUCCCUUCCCCUAUCUCCAGGUCCCGCGAGAGGGAGACCUUUGGGCUUUGAGGUGAGACCCGAUCCUCUGCGGGCGGCUGUCGUGACGAAGAAGGGUGGGUCACCCUGGGCAGUGAGCCGCUGCCCUGCUGUGGUAGCAAAGUGUAGGGAGGGUCUACACUAAUUUUUUUCUAGGGAACCCUUUGGAUUGAGGACAUUAUGAGCAGUGGAAGCGAUUUUACUGGAGACCUGUCACUGUCAGAGGCUUAAAAAACAUCACAGACGGGGCAUUUUAUCACCGAGACAGAGUGAAAGGGCUAUAGCCCUAGCAGAGUUCUGCGACAGUGUGUGUGCCUCAUAAAUGCUUCCAGGGACGGGGUCUGCGCUGAGCGGCCCCCCUCUACUCCCACGCAGGGUAAGCACCAGACCUUGAACACUUGAGAGCUCAGCGAAUGUUUGUUGAUCAACCAAUUGCAGGUAGCAUGGCCCAGGGCUUGAUUGAAGUGGAACUAAAAUUCAUUCCAGGGCCUGGCACAGAAGAGCGACUACAGGAGUUGGGGGGCACCCUGGAGCACAGGGUCACUUUCCGGGACACCUACUAUGACACCCCUGAGCUGAAACUCAUGCGAGCUGACUACUGGCUGCGACAACGACAGGAUAGUGGAUGGGAGCUGAAAUGUCCUGGAGCAGCAGUUGUCUCAGGACCCCACACUCAGUAUAAGGAACUCACAGCUGAACCUGCAAUUGUGAGCCAGCUGUGUGAGGUGCUGGAGACUGAAGGCCUGGGGGCUGGGGGUGUGGCUGCUGUGUUGAGCCCAUUGGGGCUGCAGGAAGUAGCUAGUUUUGUGACUAAUCGGAGUGCCUGGAAGCUGGAACUCUUAGGAGGUGAUGAAGAGAAAUCACCCCUCAGGGUGGACCUGGAUACAGCCGACUUUGGCUACGCUGUGGGUGAGGUAGAGGUCCUGGUGCAUGAGGAGGCUGAAGUACCAGCUGCCCUAGAGAAGAUCCACAGGCUGAGCAACAUGCUUGGUGUGCCAGUACAGGAGACGGUACCUGCCAAGCUGAUAGUGUACCUACAGCGCUUCCACCCUCAACACUAUCAGCGCCUGCUAGAAGUGAACAUCCAGAGAGAGGCCACAGGGGACUAAACAUCCUGACAGCAGCCUGGGCUAGGGGUGUCACCUCCUAGAAGAGGAAGGGAACUCUGGAUCUAAUGGGGUCCCCUCCUGGCCUCACUGUGACUGUCCCCUUGGCUUCCCUUCUGACAGUGACUGCUCUCUCCAGCUCUGCCUGUUUCUUCACUCUACACUAUCCUUCCUUGCGCCCUCCCUGGUUGCUUUUUCUCCCUCAUCCGUCAGAUGCAAUCUGUGGGCCGCCCCUCUCCCCUGGCCGCUAAGCAGCCUCCAUUGAUUUCCGCUCGUGUUUAUAGGAUUUCCACUUAGCCGUGAUCAGUAGUUAAGCACAGGAAAAUCCCUUGCCACCCCCCUCCCUUGGUCGAUGCCAUUGAUUCUGCCAGCGGCUCCUAAACCGCCUUACAGCUGAGUUAGAGAUGAAGAGAGGCAGCAGGGAUUUCCCUGCCUUGGGGUGUGGGGAAUAGCAGCAUGUUGGGGAAAUGGUUGGGAAUCCCUGUUAGAAAUCUAGAAAUUUUGAUUAGAUUUUGCAACCCUGCCCACUUCUGCUGCAGAGGAUAGAGUGCCUUCUGUAGAAGUUGAAGGGCAAAUUUGCUCCUCAACGUGGAGGGGUAGAAAGAAAACCUUCCUUGUUGAGACAGGUUCUCAAGGCUGAGGGGAAGAAUCAUACUUCCUGUGUAAGGGGCUUUCUACUUCACAUAUAUCCAAAUAUGGCUUUCCU